CUGCUUCCCGGGAAAAGAAACGUUUCGACUCAGCCAACUGUGAGGUCCGCACAAAUAAAACCGCAAUUUUUUAACUUGGUAUUAUAACAGCUGCACUUCAGCUCAGUCUAACAUCGGUUUUCAGGUAACUGGCAGCUUUUUAAAAACAGUUUUAUGUGCAGUGCUAAGCGCCCGCAAUGUUUGGAUGCUAACGCUAGCUCGCUAGUUAAGCGACAUACCAGAAAAAAACAACGGUAUUUUCGCCAAAAGAAAAAAUGUCUGCGGAGCACAAGGCAAGCUGGAUACUGACAGGCGCCACGGUCGCUUGUGUCACCGCUCUGUAUGUGCCCUGUGUGCAGAGGACUGUCCCCGGUGGAGACUCAGGAGAGCUGAUCACCACUGCUUGUGAGCUGGGGGUGGCCCAUCCUCCAGGAUACCCACUCUUCACCCUCCUAGCUCGCCUGGCUAUGUUUCUCCUGCCCUCGCUCUCUCCAGCCCACAGCGUCAACCUGAUGAGUGGCCUCCUGGGGGCGGCGGCUUGUGGUGGACUCUGCAUCACGGUCUGCAGGUUGUCAGGUCCUGGUCCAGGAGCGCUUCUGGCUGGAGGGCUGUUUGCGGUGUCCAGGCUCAGCUGGCAGUGGUGCAUGGUGGCGGAGGUCUUCACCCUCAACAACCUCUUCGUCGGGCUUCUCUUCUUCUUGACCGCCAGCUUCCAUUGUGCUGAAAACGCUGCACAGAGGAGAAAGAUUGCACAUUUGGGCGCGUUCUGCUGUGGCUUGGGCCUCUGUAACCAGCACACCCUGGUUCUGUAUGUGGUGGUCAUCAUUCCCUGGGUCCUUUAUCGGCUCUACUCUCAGAAGGAACUGUCUGUCCGUGGCCUGUUGUCUCUGGGAUUUUGUUUCCUCGCUGGCUUCCUGCCGUAUAUCUACCUGCCCAUCUCAUCCUACCUCAACACGGCCCGCUGGAGCUGGGGGGACCAGACCACCCUGUCGGGACUGCUCACCCACCUGCUAAGGAGUGAAUACGGCACGUUCAGUCUGGCAAAGACUGAGAGCUCUGUGAACCUGACGACAAUGCUACAGGCCCAGUUGGACCACUGCCUGGCAGAACUUUCACCUCCUGUUUUGGCGCUGGCGGGAAUCGGCGUCCUCCUCUCCUCGUGGGACAGGACGUGCCGCUCCGUGUCCUGGCUGUUGACGGCCAUGCUGAUGCUCUACUCGCUGUUUUUCGCUUGGAGAGCCAACCUGGACAUCAGCAAACCUUUGCUGCUCGGAGUGGUUGAGCGUUUCUGGCUCCAGAGUGACGCUGCGGUGUGUGUGCUGGCAGGCCUCGGCUUGAGCCGGACUCACACGGAGCUGGAGAGGAGGCUGGGCCAUGGGGGGGUGUGGAAGACCACAGGCUGGCUCCUCACCGUAGCUCUGCUGGCACAUAUGGUGCACACCAAUCACAGGGAGUGUGAUCAGAGCAGGAACAGUGUGGUGGAGAGGUUCGGCAGGGAGCUUCUGGCCUCCGUCCCAGCUGACUCCAUCAUCCUGACCAGAGGAGACCUGCCCGGAAACUCUCUGCGUUACUUACACUACUGCCAGGGUGUGCGGCCCGACGUACGCCUGGUCGACCAGGAGAUGAUGACAUACACUUGGUAUGUGGCCAAGCUGGCGCAGCACCACCCUGGGGUCCACUUUCCCGGCCGCUGGUGGGAUCCGGUGCACCCUGAGGAGAAAGACACCUUCAGCCUCGAGCAGUUUCUGUCUCACAACCCGCAGAGGGAUGUGUUUGCCUGCAUCGGGCUGCCUGAUGGAGACCUAAGCUGGGAGCGUAGUUUCUCUCGCUGGCCCUUCGGUGUGUGCGACUACUUGGUGCCGGUUCAGAGGCGGUUUCACCCUGAACAGUGGGCUCAUCGCACUCGAAACAUCUACAACUGGAGCGAACCGUACAACAGUUUCCAUGCGGCAUCCUGGGAGCGCGUCGCUAACGAGGAGAUGUGGCAAGCCAGGAUGAAGACGGCUUUCUUUCUGUUUGACCUGGCAAACAGGAUGCAGGGAGAGGACAAAGCUCGCCUCUUUGAGCUGUCUUACACUCUGUAUAAGGAGAUUGUAGGGGCCAACUCAGACUACCCGCCAAACUGGGACAAGAACCUGGCACUGGCUUGUGAGAGGCUGCUCUACUCAGGUCACCGGGGCUACAGUCCAGACAGCCUGCUGACCUGCAGCGCCCAGCACUUUAGUCUCUACUUAGAGAAGGAACCCACUGAUCCCCAGGCACCCGCCAUACGCUCGGCCAUUACACACCUGCUCAAAGAGAGAGACAGGCUCCGCCACAGCCGGAAGCAAGCGCCAUGAUAACAUCCAGAGGGACGGACGUGGAGCUGGCAGACUGAGAAUGCGCCGAAGAGCAGGGCUCUGGGAAUCAAGUCCGAGCCAGUGUGCCUCUUCUUGCGGUGGUCCUCCAGAAGGAUACAGACUAAUGCGGUGUUGUUUGGUUUGGCUAAAAACACUUGGCCAAAUUAGAUCCAUAAGUCCUGCAGUCAAGUUAUUAAACUACAACGUCCACUGUGUUGAGACGACAUACACUUUGCACUUGAUGAAUGUUUACAGUGGACCAGGGACAGAGCUUGACUUCAGGAAGCCUUGACUGACCUCAAUCUAGCUCUGCGUGCUCCCCUUAAACUCACCCAUUCAAUUGCUUUAUCGUUGCAUCUCGUUCUUUCUCCUCUCCUAUUCUGCUCUCAGAGCUUUUAACGUGCUGAUUAUUUUGCCUCAGCCUCUGCUCCACUUCUCUUUUUCUCACAUUAGGAUGGCAGGGCCGAGAUUGAGGGAAACCCAAUUUGGGGGCAGAAAUGGGGGAUUAGAGCAGCUGUUUAAUCUAGGACAGACUUGCGCUGUGCCACGCAGUCCUCGCUGCACAUCAACAGCACCCACCCACCCCUCUAUCCUUCCAUCAGUCUAUCUUAGAUGGUCCUUUAAAUGUUUAAAACUAAUGGAUUCGAUGAGUGUUUUUUUUCCCCUCUCUUCCUUCCUAACAGGAGGGCUAUAAUCCCUCAUGGAUUUAAAUGAAAUGUGAAAUGUCACAAUGCCAGGGACCCUUUUAGAGGUGCGUCUGUGUGUGUGUGUGUGUGUGUGUGUGAUUUGUGUUUGCAUGUGUGUGUAAACAUGCUUAAAUCUCCACUCCAGCCCCGACAGAGCCGCACAUAAACGUAUUCGAUAAAUAGAUCGGCUCACUGAAAAGCAAAAUGCUUUGAUCAUUAGAGAAUCACAAAGUCAUGCAAACUCCAGGGACAUAUGUAGAAACGUAACUCGCAGGAAAAUGGACUUCUAGCUUUGUGAGCGUUGGAGAGAAAGGGUGGCAAACGAACCACAGUGGACCAGGGAUUCACCCUCUCGUGUCUUUGUCUUUCUUUGACGCGUUCUCAGGAUCUGACACCCCAGUUACACACUGUUUUUGUAAAUGUUAGUGUUGAUGUUAAUGAGCCUUGUGCCAUGAAAUUUGUUAUACAGAGGUCAAAGCAGCACAUUGCCAUAAGCUUUAUAAAACACUGCUGAAGCUGCCUGCUGUUUGAGAUACCACUCGAAAGCGAAGGACAGUAAGUGCAUGUGUAGUUUUCUCAGAAAGUAAUCUGCCCUCUCUGUUCGCAGGCCUGGUUAGCGGCUGUCAGCUGGCUGGAUGAUGAGGUUCGACCUGCUGUAGCACAGAUGGUUCGGUUUCUCAUAAAAAAAAAAAAAAAGGGAAAACUGUCACUCUGCUUUCUACAGAUUAAAAUAUUUCAAUAAAGAUUUGUUUU